AUGUCAUCUCUGUCGAGUGGAAUUGCAGCUGCACCAAAGCUCAAGCAGUUCUUGGACGAGUCUGCUGAGGGACAGCAUUCGGACAUCUCUGUACUGCGUGUGCAAAUUCGCGGCGUGGACCUGGUCGAGACGGGCCGGAAGAGCGGGCCGGCCAAUGGCGACCUGACGCAGCUCGAUGAACUGCUCGGCGACGAUCCGGCCUGGUACCUCGUUACAUGGAUGCCUGAGGGCAAGGUUGGUGUUAGCAAUCGCAUGAUCUACGCCUCGUCGCAGUCCAAGCUGAAGGCAGCAGUUGGGUUCGGCAAUGUCGAGGACUCGCUGCAGUUCUCAUCAAAAAACGAGGCAUUUGGCAAGGGCAUCUCACAGGGUGCUGAGAGUCUGUCACUUCAAGGCUCAGAGCCUGCGCCAGAGAAGCCGGCCCCGGCCCCCAAGCCCGUGCUGGCCUCCAAGCCUGCCCCGAACCCCAAGCCUACAUCGGUUGCAGCCCUGUCAGCACCUACUGCCACAGCCCAGCGGCUGGCAGGCCAAGCACCGCCGGUGGUGCAGCCCAAACCCCAGGGCCUCGGCAGCAGCAGUGGCGUGUUUGUGAAGAAGCUCGACCCCCGCCUCGCCAUGUCCCAUGAGCAGUUGCAGCAGAUGCGCACGCACUUCCGCACCUACACCACGCCAUCAAAGCCCGACUACGAUCCCAACAACCAGCACGCCAACCAAAGCGGGCUCAAGCAGACGGUCGCCGCAGCCUCUGGCGGCUUCCACACAGUCAGCCUGCCGCUGUCGCAGAGUGCAAAGGACGCCCUGAACAACUUGGUCUCGGACAGCUCCAUCGCUGUGGUCGAGCUGCAGGUUGAAGGCGGCAAGAGCAUCACAGUAGUACGCACAUAUCAGUCUGCCGACAGCUUCUCGCCAUGCACAGCUGAGCCGCGCUUCUAUGUGAUGAACUCCCAGCCACACCGUGUCUUCAUCUACUCGUGUCCCGAGGGAUGUGCACCGCGUCUGCGCAUGGUUUACUCCACUGCCACUCAGCGGACGCUAGCGCAGAUCCAGGAGCUUGGGUGUCAGCUCACACACAAGCUCUCAGUGUUCUCAGCCAAGGAAUGCACGUCCAGCAGCAGUAGCAGCCGCUCCGGCUCAGUCCCUGCCUUCACGGUUCGCUGCCGGGACCACUCGCUCCCUUGGAUGCGUUUACCGACGAGGCCGGGUUCCGGAAGGCGUUCUCUGAUGUCAGGCCGGAUGCCCCGGCGCCUGCGCCAUUCAAGACGCCAUCGCCAGCGCAGUCAUUUAAGACCCUAUCGCCAGCCCAAUCUUUCAAUACCCCGUCGCCGUCGCAGUCGUUCCGUUCAGCAGUCUCAAGUCCAGUCACAAAACGACGGUGUCGACUCGAGUCCCAAUACUGGCGCUGCUGCAUGGGGCGUACAGCUGAAAUCUGGCUCGCACAAUGGCUCUCCACGCCCGCCCGUGAGAGGCAGUGCCGGUGUCUCGCCAAAACAGACACCGCCGCCGAGAUCGCCAAAGCCUGAGACGGAGAUCAUGCACUCGUCGCUUCCCGGUUUGCGCCAUGUCUCCAAGGGCGACCAAGCCUCCAAGGGCAACCAGGUCUCGACCAGCGAAAAGCAGUGGGACCCGUGGCACCCAGUUAGCACCGUUGAUGACUCUGUGAAGUCUACUGCGCCAGAGUCGUCCUUGCAGAGUGCAGUGUUCACAAAGGAGGCUUCGACGAAGGAGUCCAUUCCGUCCCUCAUGGGCGACAUUACGUAUCCGCCUCUUCAAGAUCAGGAUAAAUGA